CACUUAGCGCGGUAUAGGUACAACGAUAGUCAUGCUCCAAAUCUACAACACCAUGCCAACAAAUUCAGCGACCUCCUUACCACCAAUACUAUCUCGGCCCUGAACCAUGGUAUUUUGAACUGUAUUUCAACAAAUCAGUACUCUGUUAAUUGAAUGUAUUACACUUCCGGAGUACCGCGAACCGAUCAUGUUCCAUCUCGCCACCUGCGCCACCUGCGCCACACUCAUAGUGCAAACCAUGCAAACUUCAUGGGUAUCUGUGGGGUCUAAUCAAAAAUUAUCCGCGGGCAUGUUACCAGGAACAGUGCGCAGAUCUAAACUCUCGGGUUCGAAUUGCUGCCGUCAAUUAUUACGGUCUCUCGUUGAGAAAACCAAAAGAAGCAAAAUAUUCACUGCUUCGAUAUGGAUCCCACGGCACCCCAAAACGCCGAGGCUGAGGUACCAAAGCAACCCGUCUCAAACGGCAACGACCAGACCGAAGAACCACCUGCGAAGAAGGCUAGACUAGAGGAGCCUGCGCCUUCAGAGCAGCAGAAUGGGAAUGGACAGAUCUCUGAUAGUAGAAAGAGAGGCGAAGCGCCAGUCAAGGCAGAGUAUCUCCUUCCGAAGCCCGAACAGGCCCAAGCAGUAGAUUUGAACACCGACGACGCUGCGGAAGCAGCCGGACACCAAGAUCGCGAUGACGAAAAGAAAGGGAAGAAGAAGAAUACUGGGCAGAACAAGAAGCGCACGUUUGGGAAAUCAGAGGACGCAAAGGGACUGUGUGGUAGCAGAGCGCAGAGCCCGGAAUUUUCGCCUAGUGAAUGUUCAUGGGGCGAGAAAUGUCGGUUCGAGCAUGAUCUGCGCACAUAUCUGAAGGAACACAAGCGGGAGGAUCUUACAACAUUCAAUAGCCUUUGUCCAGUCUGGGAUGCUCGUGGAAAAUGCGGCGCGGGUUGGAAGUGUCGCUUUGUUGGUUCCCAUAUGACCGAGCGCGAGACUGAGGAUGGGCGGAAGGAGCUGUUAUUGCUCGAGGACGAAGAGCGCAAGAAGAACGCCCAACCAACUGUUCCGUCCGCAGGAGAGGACGGUAUGGUCAAUACCGUUUCGGUGGAUGAGAGAAUGUCGCUUUCGAGACGACGUAUCGGGUUGCCACGGUCCGAGAAAUAUGCCGAUUGGAUAGACGAAACAUCGAAACAGCUUGAAAAGGACCUGCAUGGACGAUAUAAGAACGGCGCCAUUCCGGCUGAAGAUGCCGAAGAGAAGGACAAGGAAGAGAAGGAAGAGAACCGGGCAAAGUACCGCGAGGCUCCCUUCAUGCCAUCCGAGAAAAGGCGGUUAUACUUUGGGCCAGAAACCCCUGUUCUAGCGCCCCUAACUACACAGGGAAACCUGCCAUUCAGAAGACUUUGUGUUGAACUUGGUGCGCAACUCACGUACUCGGAAAUGGCUCUUAGUAUGCCAUUAGUCCAGGGCCAACGAGGAGAGUGGGCCUUGAUGCGGGCACAUGAAUCGGAGGCCACGCCCCCAAAAUACUCCCCACUCAAUGGCAUAGUGGAGGGCUAUGACAACUCCAAAGACGUCAAAUUCGGCGCACAGAUAGCGGGAAACAAGCACCGAUAUGUUAUGAAAGCUACGGAGGCGUUAUCCAAGUUCACUCCGAAUCUUCGCGUCAUUGAUCUGAACUGUGGAUGCCCCAUUGACCUCCUUUAUCGAGAGGGUUCCGGCUCUGCGCUGCUUGAAACUCCGGCGAAGCUGGAGAAGAUGCUUCGCGGGAUGAACGCUGUCUCGCAGGAGAUUCCAAUUACAGUAAAAAUUCGCACAGGAACAAAAGAUAACAACCCCAAUGCCCAAAAAUUGGUGGAGCGUCUCGUUCUUGGGGGCCACGAGGCCAGCCUGCUUGACUGCGGCCCCUCUGGUGUUGCGGCAGUCACGCUCCACGGACGGAGUAGACAACAACGAUACACAAGGGCGGCCAACUGGGAGUAUAUUUCAGAAACCGCCGCUCUCAUCAAGCGUCUCAAUGAAAAGUCAAAUGAAAUUACGGAUACUAUUCGCGAGCCCGAAGAACGGAUGCGGCCGAAUGGCGGAAAGACUUGGUUCUUAGGAAACGGCGACUGUUACUCUCAUGAGGACUAUAAUGACCAUAUCAAUCACGCCGGUGUAGACAGCGUCAUGGUUGGUCGCGGUGCCCUGGUUAAGCCGUGGCUCUUUGAGGAAAUCCAAACAGGCCAGUAUCUCGACAAGUCAGCUUCUGAGCGACUGUCGUACGUCGAAAAGUUUGCCAGGUACGGUAUGGAUGUAUGGGGUUCUGACGAGAUUGGCAUUGGCCUCACCCGUCGCUUCAUGCUUGAAUGGCUGAGCUUCACCUGUCGCUACCUGCCCAUCGGGCUCCUCGAAUAUCUUCCCCCGAAGAUCAACGACCGGCCCCCGAACUAUCGAGGCAGGAAUGAUCUGGAGACCCUUAUGGGUAGCAACAACUACAAGGAUUGGAUCAAGAUCAGGUAAGUUCUCUUGUCCCACUGACGUGGCGAGUACUGGAUUCUAAUACCUGCACAGUGAGAUGUUCCUUGGCCCCGCCCAUAAAGACUUCAAAUUCGAGCCCAAGCACAAAUCCAACGCCUAUGAGGCGGAGGGUUGAUAGAUAUAGCAUACGACUUAUGUACAUACACGCAAAUAUAGAAUACAAAUUUUAAAAUAUAUCCAUCCCACAAUUCCGGCUCAUAAAUGUAACAUUGCACACGUGCUUCUGGAGUGUUGACUGUUGUGAACUCCGG